GGUACAUAUGACGUAACGGAAGUCCACAUCUUGAUGUAAUGUGUAGCAAGAGCAACAAGAGCUUGACAGUAAAUUAGUUGAAAGUCGACGAUUUCUACGCCAAGCACUGGAGAUAAAGCUAUCAAUUGCUGAUAAAACGUAAUUUCAACCAUGCCAGAGCCAGCGGAGAUGACCAGUCCAGAGGUGGCAAAGACACCCGGGGGCAGCAGUGGGGGGCCUGGGGGCAAGGAGGAAGGGGUGGCCAAUGGCCUGAAGGAGGGGGACGCCAACCCCUUCGCUGAGUACAUGUGGAUGGAAAACGAGGAGGAGUACAACAGACAGGUGGAGGAGGAGCUUCUGGAGCAGGAGUUUCUGGAUCGUUGUUUCCAGGAGAUGCUGGAGGAGGAGGACCAGGAUUGGUUCAUCCCAUCCCGUGACCUCAACCCCGGGGUCGCGCAGAUCCAGCACCAGCUCAACGGUCUAUCGGUCGCCGACAGCAACCCGGCAGAUGUACUGCGCAAGAGCAACUUGAACCCAGAAGCAAAGGAGUUUGUUCCCGGGAUGAAAUACUAGGGUCCCGCCACAAGGGGGCGCCUUCCUAAAGACUGUGUGGCUGCUGGCCCCCAGCAGCUGCCCCUACACCUGCCUGCUUUGAGGCUGGGUGGGGUAGAUGGGGAGGGGCUGGGGGA